CGAUAAGAUGCGGAUAAGAUUGUGGCAUUGCGGAGACAUAUGACACUAUCUCACAGUCACCAGCCAACGACCAUGGCGGCUUUAGGAAUAUUACUUGGUCUGGCGACGUUGAGCGCCCGCGCAUUUGCGGUGGCGCUGCCAUCGCGGGUUGAUGACGUCACGCUGUCCCUAGAGCCCCAGAUCACAGGCGGCUUCCAGCUCAGUCUCGACAAAGAUAAUGAGCGCACAGUGUACGGCCACAUCGGGCGAACGCUGGUCUCCACAUACACCGCCGAGGAGGUGGAAGGCGGCAUGGAGAUACACAUCGGAAGUGUUAAUCUGACUGUUCACACACUCUAUGAUGAUGCUUCUGACGCUAGAGGCAUCAAGAUCAAGUGGAACUCACUCACACCGCUCCGACUGGAGGACUGCUUUGAUUUUGGCACAAAGCACUGGUACGGCGGACCAACGCAAGUCGAACAACUGUACCCGAUAGAGAACGCUAAGCAAGUGUACACACCUUACUUCUCAAAAGAGUACGACAAUGGCGCCAUCGCCGAGAGAUACUGGCUCAACUCCGCCGGCGAGUACAUUUAUGUGCACCCACAAGUACCACUGUUCAUCGACUACAACAACAUCGUCCCCAACCAUAUUUGCUUCGGAGCACAAAUCUCUGAACCCUACUCUUCAAGAAGAAACCACGUUGAACUAAGUUAUGACCUCUGGUUUCUUCCCAACGUCAAAGAAGCCCACAAACAUGCGAUAGUUAAUUAUUUAGGCAAACCAUCAGGACUACCUGAUUACAGAAUGGUUCAGCAUCCGGUUUGGUCUACGUGGGCGCAGUAUUCCAGAGACGUAGACCAAGAGAAGGUUCUAGAGUUUGCUAAACAGAUUAGAGGGUAUGGAUUCAGUGAUUCCCAAUUGGAGAUCGAUGAUCUAUGGGAGACGUGCUACGGAACCAUGGAAGUGGAUCAGUGGAAGUUCCCCAACAUGACGGGUCUGGUGCGGGAACUGAAAGCGAUGGGCUUCCGUGUCACCAUCUGGUUGCAUCCCUUCAUCAAUAAUAACUGCGAGCCCAUUUACACUGAGGCUUUGAACAACGGUUACCUGGUGUUGGACGAGGCAGGCAAACCGGCAACGUCAUGGUGGAACAACAACGGCUCGGUUCCCGGCUACAUCGACUUCACCAAACCCGAGGCCGCCGAGUGGUGGUACCAACGUGUCAGGAAUCUGCUUGAUACUUAUGACAUCGAGAGCGUCAAAUUUGACGGAGGCGCGCCGCCACAGAUAGCGGUGGAGAACGGUGACAUAAAUCUACAGCCUCAUAACAUGGUAGAAGCUUACGUCCGCUUCGCCGCGCGCUUCGGAGGCAUGGUCGAGGUCAGAGCUGGCUUCAGAACGCAAGACCUGCCGAUCUUCGUGCGUAUGUGCGACCGUGACUCUAUCUGGGGUUUGAACAACGGUUUAUCUACAAUCGUGACGACAACACUCCAAAUGAACUUAGCCGGAUACGUGCUGGUGUUACCGGACAUGAUCGGCGGCAACGGGUUCAAUCUAGAACACGAGCAGGCGGACAUUCCCACCAAGGAGCUGUUCAUCCGCUGGGUGCAGGCCACCACCUUCCUGCCAGCUAUGCAGUACUCUUACGCGCCGUGGAACUUUGAUAAUGAAACGGUGGAGAUAAGCAAGAAGUACACAGAACUGCACGCGGAGUACGCUGAUGAGAUCUACGCGGCGAUGCAGCGGGCGGUGGAAUCCGGAUGGCCGGUCAACGCACCGCUCUGGUGGAUAGACCCCACUGAUGAAGAGACGUUUAGCAUCUGGGACGAAUACCUGCUAGGUGAGAAUAUUUUAGUUGCCCCCGUGCUGGAGGAGGGUGCGAUCUCCCGCGACGUGUACCUCCCGGCGGGCGUGUGGUGGGAGGAGGGAGACAGGGAACGGGAGGUUGUCGGCCCCACCUGGAUCAAGGACUUCCCCGCUCCAUUGGACGUGUUGCCAUACUUCGUCCGAGCUAAAGAGCUCGAGCCGUCAUCCGCGGUGUCACCCGGGGUUGCCAUGUUUUUGGUUGUUUUUGGUGUUGUAGCUAACUUUUUAUUAUAAAUAGUUUAAAAUAUUGUUCAAAAGUUUUA